AUGUCUGAAGAAAAAGUGUUGGAUAUGUUUUUGCUACAAGAUUCACCUAUCUCCAGUUACAUCAGCAAUCUUUCUCCUUUAAAGCCUGUCAAAGCAGCACCAGUUGCACAGAGUUUCCCAGGACUUAAUUCUCCUCCCCUUGUAUUUUCUUCACCUCGAAUCCAUCCACACCGCCAAUCAAGUUUUCUAAAAAGGCCUCAAUGCACUCAACCAUCCGGUUCAGAAUUAUCUCAGCAGGAUGAUAGGGCCAUAAAUAUUGCCAAAGGUGUAGAUGAAUCUGGGAAAUCUGAUACCAAAUUGAGUUGUGGGUUGAUUUUUGGCACCGAGGAGGGUGAUAAUAGCAGCUCCGUAGACGAUCAAUGUGGUAGUCCCCCUGGAUGUGUGGAUGAAUUUUUGGCUGAUCAUAUGGAGGUGGACUGUGUGGAGUUAAAUCAUUCUGAAAAUUUAACUUCAAAACAAUCUGACAAUGUCCCUAAAUCAUCAAGUGGUGUAGCAGAUUCAAGGGACUCUAUAACAGAAGUGGAAAAAAAAUAUGAUGUGACAAAAGAUGACAGGAUGACAUUGGGUGCAUCUCCUGCCAUCUUUGAUCAAGCUGUAGAGAAAUGUCAAGAAAAGUCACCAUUUGAUACAGCACCUGGUAAGGCAGAAAAAGAAAAUGAAGUUGGUGAUAUGCCGUCUAUCGUAUGCCCAAAAGUUGAGCAUCAUGACCAUGCUUUAGACAAACAUUAUUAUGAGCAUUCAGCGACUGAGGUAACUGCUGAUUUAAAAGAAAUAUUGUUCUAA